AAGCAAACGAGCACGAUGCUUCGCGAGGGCCGCCAGCACGGGUGGGUGUUCGCCGUCGACCGCAGCCUGGUCGACCCGGAGGGCAAGCUCCGCACGCGCGCCGUGCAGGUCGACGGCGCGGCGGCGGCGGCCAACGGCGGGUUCGUCAGGGCGCCGCGCAAGCCCACCAACCACUCCAAGCCCGCCGUGGGGCGCGCGUACAAGGCCCUGGUCGGCAAGGGGGAGGCCGGGUCCGGCAGGGGCAGGCGCAAGUUCAAGCACGACGAGGUCAAGAUGUACUACCUCGAGGACCAGGGCGCCGAGGAUGCCUUCGUCGACGCGAUGGAGUUGUGCUACUACUGACGCGGGUCGCGUGGCCUCAUGCAUCGCCAGGAAGUGUAGGGAUCGAUGCAGGCUUUUGCGUCUGGAGUCUGAAUCUGUGUUUCGGGAUGUGAAUCUUUGUUGUUUCAGUGGAUAAACUAGACUCGUUGUCAGGAGGGUAUGCUUGGGAUCUCGAUUGCGACUAGAAACAUAGGCGCGGCAAUCGUGGAGCUGACCAAGAGUGUAUACCUUAUGAUCCAAAUGGAUUACAAACCCCGUUAUGCUAUUAUUUGUCGUUAAUAAGUAGAUUCGCUAUUAUUGAUAGUAGAUUUAUGUAUGCAACAAUAGUAGUUCUUUAUUCAUAUUAAUAAUGCUA